UCGAGAUAGACGAGAUGUUUGUUCUUCCGCCUGCGCAUGCGUCACUUGUCCUAACAACCUGUCAACAAAAUUUACCUCUAUUUUUACAGGAGCUAAGAGCACACGACUUCGGUCAGUGUGAAGAUGUACAGCAGGGGGGUGACAGGCCUAAGUGCCUACAGUCGUGAAAGUAACGAAAGAAGACCGAGGAAAAGCAACAGAGUACAAGUAUGGGCAAGGAUUCGACCAACUUCAGAAUUCGCACACAACUGUUUAGAACUUAACCAGGAUGGCAGAAGUAUCAAUGUGCAUAUGAGAAAAGAUGGGAGGAAAGGAGUUGUCAACAAUCAGAUUCUGGAUUGGUCAUUUAGACUAGAUGGCAUAUUUCACAAUUCCAGUCAGGACCAUGUCUUUGGUAAUGUGGCAUCUGAAUUUGUCACGUCGGCAUUAGACGGAUACAAUGGAACGGUGAUGUGUUAUGGACAGACAGGAGCUGGUAAGACUUUUACAAUCACUGGUGCCACAGAAAACUACAAACAGAGGGGCAUCGUGCCACGAGCCCUCUCUCAGCUCUUCAGGGAAAUCGAGGAGAGGCCAGAAUAUGCCAUCACUGUCAGGGUAUCCUAUUUAGAAAUCUACAAUGAGAAUAUGUUUGAUCUCCUUUCAACCUUGCCUGAGUCCUGGAACAAUGCUAACCCAGAACAGCAAAUGGUUGUCGUGGAAAACCAAGAUGGUGUCUUUGUGAAGGGCUUGUCACAUCACAUAGCUCAGAAUGAAGAAGAGGCACUCAACUUUUUAUUUGAGGGAGAAACCAACCGAGCUAUUGCAGCACAUUCCCUAAACAAACAAUCGUCCCGGUCCCACUGUAUAUUUACUGUUUACAUUGAGACACGAUCGAGAGUUCAGUCCAAUGCUCGGUACACAGUGUCCAAGUUAAACUUUGUGGAUCUUGCAGGUUCAGAACGACUCGGAAAAACCAAGUCGGAAGGAAAGACCCAGCAGGAAGCCAUGUAUAUCAACAAGUCUCUGACCUUUCUGGAACAAGUUAUUGUUGCACUGGCCGACAGACGCCGUGAACACAUCCCGUUCCGUCAGUCCAAACUCACGCACUGCCUGAAGGAUUCCAUUGGAGGGAGCUGUAACACGUUACUCAUAGCUAAUGUGUGGGGCGAAUCGCCUCAACUUGAGGAAACAGUAUCUACAUUACGAUUCGCCACCAGGAUGAUGUGUGUUGCGAGUGAACCUUCCAUCAACGAGGUGUAUGACCCAGCCGUGUUGGUUAAGAAGCUUCAGAAAGAAAUACAGUAUCUUAAGAAUGAGUUAGCUAUGCAUGAUACCCUGACAAACCGGACCCAGAUCACGUAUGAGCCACUGUCAGAACAACAGAGGUACGAGAUUCGGCAGCAGAUCAGGCGUUACUUAGAAGGCUCCCUUGAAGAGGUUGAUAUCGUAAAUAUCAGACAAAUACAGGGAACUUUUGAAGGAUUCAAAGACAUAUAUCUACAAAUGGAGAGGGAUGUAGAGGAGAGGUUGAGACAGAAGUUUACCCUUAUAGACAGGACUGACCCUGCCGCUAUAGCUGCUGCUCAACAGGCGGGUGUGGCGAUAACAGACGAUGGGACAUUGGUUGGAGAACCAGACGGCCAGGGAUUCGGGGUCGGCAUGGCUCCCAAAGUGGCUAAAGCUGAUCCCUCAUCUGUUGUUCAACUCAAAAAGAAGGAACGGGAAAAGGACAGGAAGAGUCGUACUGGACGAGACACGAAAAGUCCUGUGGGAGGAAAAAGCAUCAGUAGCCCCUCACAGAGUGCCAAGGGGGAGAGGGACAUCAAAUCACCUCAUCCCUCUGAGCGAGAGAAGAGAGACGACCGAGAUGGAGAAGUCCCCACCCCCACCAGUAUCUCGGGUGUGUCCAGAGCCGAUAAGAUCCUCACUAGUACCCCACCUCCCAGGACAGAGGCCUUUGAGGAGUUCAAGGCUGACCGCGGCAGUGAGAUCAACCGGGUGCUAGUAGAAAAUAAACAAAUUCUGAAUUCCAAGAAGCAAUCUUAUGCAGAGUUAGCAAGACAGGUGAAUUCAAACAAGAUUGAGAUAGAUAAGACACGAGAUCGAUUGGAGAGGUAUCGAACCGAGAGGGAAGAUAAUGGACCACAGUAUAAUGAGGAGGGUGAUGUUAUUAUCAGUGAGGAGGAGUUCUUUGAGAUCAAACGUCUCAAAGAUUUCAAAUUGCAAUACAAGAAUGAUUUUGAAGAACUGAAAAAUCUUAAAGCAGAAGUACAGUAUUGCCAAAAACUGGUGGAACAAUGUCGACAGCGUCUGGUAAAUGAGUUUGACAAUUGGUACUCGGAAAGUUUCGUUGGUCCUUCUGACGAGGCCCAGACUAGCCAAGGCCACGGCCACGGCGUUCGACCUGGUGUACAGCUACCCUUCAAUCCUACCACAAUCCCUGAAGAUGAACAUGAGAAGUUUGACCGCCUUCAGAUGGAGCUACUGAUGAAUAAUCCAGACUCUGCAGCCUUCUAUAACGCUCAGAUGAGGACCCAGCGCAGGAAAACUUAUGAAACUGCGAUGUCACAGCCACAGCCAAGCUUCAGAAAAUCUCCCGGCACCCCAACCAUGUCAAUACGAAACAAACCACCAAACAUGUUACAAGUGUCCAUGGGAUAAGAUGUUAAAACUCUUCUGAUUGGUCAAUUUUAGAAACUCUUAACUUAACUUCUGUGAUCAUGAUUUUGAUUGGUUGUGGAAUGCAAUGUGAGCCCAGCAGUGCUGCUUGGAUCAAACAUUCUGUGACUAGUGUACAUUUGUAAGAUUAGUAAGGUCAGCAUUCUGUGACAAGUGUAAAUUUGUAAGAAUAGCGAGUUACACUUCAGGCACUGUGAUAAGUAUCAAGCAUGAACACUUUCAAAAACCUCUACCUAAAGUAGCUAGAUAAAGUCAGCAUUAUGUGAGUUCAUAUAUGAAUAUAUGUCUUACUCAUAAAUACAACCCAACACUAUAGAUAUAUGCUUGAGGUAAUUUCUGGAUACAAAUAAUUAAGAUUGUCACACUGCUGGUAGAAAUCAAGACGUGCCUUUCUCAAGUGUAGAUCUUUAUUUACAUCCAAGUUACUUAAAAAAAAUAUGAUUGAAAUAAGAAUCCGCUUGUUUACUUAUCUAUGAAGUUGUCACUUUCUAUUUGCAAGUGUGCUCACGAAUAUUUAUCAGAUUUAAACCUGCUUUGGUGUAAAUUCUGUAUUGUGGCACACUCUUUGAUAAAAAAUAUCAUGAUUUUUAAUUUUUGUUUUUUCUUAAAUGUCACCAAAUAGUGUUUUUAAAGAGAUCUGAUAUGGACAGUAUUCAAAAGUAGGACAUUUAAGUUUCAUUUUGUUUUUUAUACUUGUUAAUAUUUAACCACUGUAUAUAGUUUUAUCCCGUAAAUAUGAACUUCAUGUACAAGGCUGUAAAUACCUAUUCAAUUUUAAACAGUUGUAUUCAAAAAGGACAUUUUUGUUAAUGUUGUUUAAAUUUCAACAGAAAGGAGACCUGUGAAGAUUUGCUUAUGGAUAUAUAUAUUUAUAUGAAUGAUCACAAUUAGUAAAUAUUGGUAAUUAGAAUAAUAGAUUAUAUACUGCAUUAUUCCAGAUAUUUUGCACAAAAUACCUAUAUUUCUUUAGGUAAAUUCUAUCAACUGUUUUUGGCUUCUAAAUCAGUUCAAAUUAAGUUGAAUGAGCCAAUAUCUUUAAAUAUUUUUGUCUUUAUUGCAUUCAAAAAUGAAAAAUAAAAAAGAAUUUGGAACUACAGCAUUUGGUACAUACGUGUAUAUACAGGAAUAUUGAACAUGUCUCUCUGUAAGUAUCAGUAGUAUGAUUACUAUAUUGUAUGUAAAUAACGGCAAACCAAGGUAAUGGUAUUUAUUGAAGUAGCUUCUAAUUCUUAAUUUUUGUUUACAGGUCCAAGAUAACUGUACAUCAUAAUAUUUGUUGGCUACUCAACAUGUUUUUUCCUUUCGUUUUAUAUUUGAAAUAUAUAAUGAAUGUAUAUUUUUUGUACUUUCAUUUCAUAUUGGAAAUACAUUGAUAUACAUUUAGUGUAUCAUUACAUUUUUUAUCAAAUUUGUAUGAACAGAGAUGUAUUGCCUAUUUUGAAGGCAUUGAAUAUGUUAAGUGUAAAAUUGUAUUUCGUUAAGUGGAUUUUUUUUUUCAUGAAAAUUAGUAAUGAAAAUGAGUUGAUAAUUUAUCAAUAUAAAAACAAAUAUACAGUUUUUAAUGGGGGGAAUAACUUUCAAGGAAGAAUAAAGACUAUUUUUCUAUUGAUCUUGAAUGACAGAUUGGUGUAGCUGUUCCAACUAUUAUAUUAUGUGAUAUACUCUGUUAAACCCGUCUGUGGAUACUGUGUAUAUGUGGACACUUCAUAUACACCACUGGAAUUUAUUAUCAGUUUACAUCCUAAUUGUCAAGGUGACAUUGAAUGAAAUAAUAUAACUAUA